AUGAACGUUUUCCCCCAUCAACCCAGCCAGAUCGAGCUCCACGCGCGUCCGCGCUCGCUCGACUCCGCUGUAAUCGCCAUUCUGCUAGAGGAGCUACGACUCCCAUACGAAAUGGACCUUACGCACCGUCACCACCCCCAUAUCCCUUACCUGACUGACAUCCAAUCCAACGGGGCACAAAUCGCCCUGAACGACGUUGUCUCCAUUGUGUCGUACCUGGUCGCCAAGUACGACAGAGGACAGAGAAUUUCCUACAGCAACCGGACCAAAGGAGCAGCGGAGAUCCAGGAAUGGGUGGGGCAUUUGCCUGAGCGGUCAAAGACGCAGGCGCAGGCGCAGGACCGAAGGAGGAUACAGACACGAUCCCCAUCGCCAAACAGUCAGGGCGAGGUAGUGCUGAAGAUGAUACACCUGUAUCUCCACCUGGAGGGACGGUUGCAGGAUCGGAAGAGUGGGGGGUAUUUGGUGGGGAAGAAAUGUACCCUAGCGGAUCUCAUUCACUUCCCUGCCGUCGCGGCCGCUGGAUCCCUCAAGCUCGACCUGGAGCGGUUUCCAGAGUUGACAGCGUGGUAUAAUCGACUUUGUGAAAGGGGAACAGUGCGGAGGGGGAUGAGGGCCGUGGAACUGGAGAUUGGGGAGGAGGAUGAUUGA